AGAGCGAUGAAGCAAGAGAGGAGAAGGCUCGAGUGCAGAUGGAGGCGUACUCCUGACGGAUGCAAUUAUGCCUUGAUCCAAUAAUAAACGAUGCCUUCUUAGACAGCCUCGGCUGGGAACAAGCCAACUUCAUACCCAACACCAACUUCAAGGUGACCGUCCGCCGGCGCCUUCCGACGGACCCUUACUCUCAAAUCCUGCAGCAGCAGCAGCAGCAGCAGCGGCCUCUUCCUCCUCCUCCUCUUCCAGCAGGUGGAGCACUGUUGAGGAGACCCCCGCUCCCUCCCCGGCUGGCCCCGCAACAACCCCCCAGCCCGACGGAGAGAAUAACAGAUCCCAAGCUGGUAACCAUGGAGCGCAUCGUGGGCGAGAUUGCCUUCCAGCUGGAUCGCAGGAUCCUCUCCAGCAUCUUCCCUGAUCGGGUCCGCCUCUACGGUUACACCAUCAGCAACAUCCCUGAGAAAAUCCUGCAGGGGGCGAGUGAUCCUCUGUCUCCACUGUCACAAGAGCAGCGCACGUCCAUGACGGACCGUUACAACAGCAUCAUGAAUCUGCUGAAGCCCAAAGGCUACGACCCAAACGUCCAUUCCAAGUUCACAGAGCACAUUGUCAACACUUUUGGCAUCCUCCGGGAGCGUCCAGAUGUGUCGGGCCCUGAGGGGGACUCCUACAACAACCCCAGUUACCUGCGGCAGGCCAUCGAGGAAGUUGCCCCCCCGGAUAAGGUGUCGGACUGCUUGAUCCUACUAGACUGCCUCUGUUAUAUGGCGGCCAUGGAUGGAAAGCCUUUGUUCAUCUGGUGACACACCCCCUCCUGGUGUCAUCCCACUGCAACAACCACAAUAAACCAUCUGAAAAUGCCUGGCCAAUGUGUCUUGUGCUACAUUAACCCUCAUAAUUGGCCCCCAGUUAAUGAGAGCCCCCUUGCUACUGUUCCAUUAUUCAGGACAAAACCAGUCAAAAGGUCCCUUGUGGUCCUCAAUAAAAUGAAACUUAAGAGAUCCAGAACAAAGCCCCAGUCUAAAACCCCCCAGUUGCCCUGAGCCCAAACCCAGAACAACCCUCCAAAAGAAAAUGGCAGCUGGUCCAAAAAUAUGUAGUCCAGUCAUCAUCAGCUGGUGGGUGGCAGGAAGAAUGGGGGCCUCUAAGUCCAACAUAGUUGAGUCUGAUUUCAAAAGAGGAGACUUCCCCAAAAUGAGGGGUGGGUAAAGAGGAAGUGGAAAAGGAAAGUCAAAAGGGUCAAAUCACUCCAGAAUGCCUGGAGUUUAUUCAAAACCACAAUAAUAGACGCUCAGCUAGAAUGUAUACCUCAGAAUAGGAAAGGUACCACCAAGGCCUGCAUGGAUAACGAACCGAGUCAAGGAAGUUAUUAGAGGCAAGGAGGUUUCCUUCGGAAAACGGAAGUCUUGUCCAAAUGAGUAGCACAAAAAGGAACACAAACUUUGG